GCAAUGUUCGGUUUACUAUUAAGGUUGCUAAACAAAUUGCUUUCGAUCGAAAUGGGGGGUGUCUUUCAGAGAAGUAUGUUAAUAGUCAAUCACCUUUAUUAUGGUGUUGCAAUAAAGGGCAUACAUGGUUUGCUCGAUUUAACAAUAUAAAAAAUGGUACAUGGUGUCCAUAUUGUAGCAAUAAAUAUAUGUGUGAAAAAUUAUGCCGUAAAAUUGUAUCAAAGUAUCUUGGUUUACCAUCUGAAAAUCGCAGACCAGAUUUCUUGAAAACAUCAAAAUAUCCAACAGGUUUAGAACUUGAUAUUCCUUACUACCAUUAUGGUUUUGCUAUCAAAGUUCAAGGAGAACAACAUGAAAAAUAUAACAAAUUCUUUCAUAAAGGUGACCCUAAUAAUUUCAUCAAUCAGCAAGAGCGGGAUCAACUCAAGAAAGAAUUGUGCGAAGAAAAUUGGAUUGUUUUAAGGUAUGUUUGGUACUAUGAAGACCCAUAUAUAGUUAUUCCAGAACAUCUUCGAGAAUUGGGUCUUAUUGAGUAA